AUGUCGAUCCUGGCGUCGAUGGCUCUGGCAGCCCCGAGAUCAUCCAAUCUACUCACAUGGGAUGAAGCUUACGCCAAAGCCGAAGCAUUGGUUGCCAAAAUGACGCUUGAAGAUAGAGUAGGACUAGUCACAGGUGAAGGUUGGGAAAAAACUCUUUGCGUUGGCAAUACAAAGGCUGUAGAAGACCCUGCGUUUCCUUCACUUUGUCUUGAAGAUGGUCCUCUUGGUGUACGUUUCGCCGACAACGUUACUGCUGGCUUAUCUGGAAUCACCGCAGCUGCUACAUUCGAUCGUGAACUCCUCUACAAGCGUGGUAGCUAUAUGGGUCGUGAAUUUUAUCUCAAGGGUGCCCAUAUGGCCCUUGGACCAUGCGUCGACAUUAUGAGAGCUCCAGCUGGUGGUCGUGGAUGGGAAGGAUUUGGUGAAGAUCCAUACCUACAAGGUGUAGCUGGUUCUGAAACCGUCAAGGGCAUUCAAGAUCAGAACGUGAUUGCUGUCGCCAAGCACUUUGUCCUUAACAACCAGGAAACGAAUCGAAAGAACUCAAGCUCCAAUGUUGAUGAUAGAACGCUUCACGAAAUUUACGUUUGGCCUUAUGCAAGAAUGGUGGAAGCGGGUAUUGGUGGUGUCAUGUGCAGCUAUAAUCAGAUCGAUGGAACAUGGGCUUGUGAAGAUGAAUACACCAUGAACACCGUUCUCAAGCAACAGCUCGGAUUCCGAGGCCUUGUCAUGACUGAUUGGGGUGCUCAAAUGUCUGGUAUCCCUUCAGCAUUGGCAGGAUUGGAUAUGACAAUGCCGGGUGACAUUGUAAUGGGCGACGGCUACUCAUGGUGGGGUCCCAAUUUGACAAAAUAUGUGAAUGAUGGUGAUGUACCAGAAGACCGUGUCACUGACAUGGCUACUCGAAUUACGGCUGCAUGGUACAAGAUGGGUCAAGACAAGGAUUUCCCUGAGACUACCAUUCGUGCAUUCGACCGUGAUUCUGCACCUGAAGUCCUUGUUGAUGCUGACAAGCAGCAUGCAAAGAUUGUCCGUGAAAUGGGAGCUGCCGCUGCUGUACUCCUCACCAAUGAUGGCGCUCUUCCCCUUUCGGAUGACUUGAAAAAGAUUGCCAUUGUUGGUAGUGAUGCCGGUCCCAUCCCUAUGGGUCUAAAUAACUGCAGCGAUCAAGCAUGCGGAGCUGGUACAUUGGCAAUGGGAUGGGGUUCAGGCACAGCGGACUUCCCUUAUUUGAUCACCCCAUAUGAUGGUAUCAAAUCUCGUGCUGGUGAUGAUGUCGAUAUUGUGCACACUUAUGAUGACUGGGAUCUUGAGAAGGCCAAGGACAUUAGCAAGGACGCUGAUGUUGCUAUUGUCUUUUCGAACGCUGCCUCUGGUGAAGAAUACCUUGAAGUUGAUGGCAAUGUUGGUGAUCGCAAGAAUCUCACGUUAUGGCACAAUGGUGAUAACCUCAUUCAAGCUGUUGCUGAUGCCAACGAGAACACUGUGGUCGUAAUUCAUGCUGUUGGACCUGUACUUAUGCCUUGGAUCGAUCAUCCCAAUAUCAAGGCUGUCGUCUGGCCUGGUCUUCCUGGUCAAGAAAGUGGCAACUCCCUUGCUGAUGUACUCUUUGGUGAUGUGAAUCCUUCUGGACGAUUGCCUUUUACUAUUGCCGAAAAGGAGGAAGACUACGCUGCUCACAUUGACCCCAACUUUGACAUUGAAUACACCGAGAAACUCGAGGUUGGCUACAAACAUUUUGAUGCCAAUGACAUUGAGCCCUUGUUUGCAUUCGGCCACGGCUUGUCUUAUAGCAAAUUCGAAUACAGCCAACUCAAGAUCAACGCACACAAGAAGGCCAAGAAGGGUGGUGUAUUGGCUACCGCCACUGUUACCGUAUCCAACGAAGGUGAUCGUGAUGGUGCUGAGAUUCCUCAAGCCUACAUUGGUUUCCCUGAAUCGGCUGGUGAGCCACCCAAGCUCCUACGUGGAUUUGAAAAGGUGUUCCUCAAGAAGGGCAAGAAGGCCAAGGUUACCUUUGAAUUCACAGAGAUGGAUUUGAGCACCUUUGAUCCCGAAUCCCAGCAGUGGAAUGUGGCAUCAGGUGACUUCACUGUUUAUGUUGGUGCAAGCAGCCGUGACAUUCGUCAAACUGGCACCUUUACCUUGUAA